GGGGCCAGCAAAUUCCCACCCGCGGCAGCAGCGGGGGCGUCCCCAGCGCCAGCUCCGCGGCUGUGCAGGUGGGGCCGGGGCAGGAGCGGGAGCAAAAGCAGGAGCAGCUUCGGGAGCAGGAGCAGCAGCUUCAGGAGGAGCGGGAGCAAAAGCAGCAGCAGCAGGACCAAGUUUCCCCGGGCCUGGGGGGGGGAGAACGAAGUUGCGCGGGGGCGGCCCCUUUGUUCCCGGGCCGAUGCGGCGCGCCUAGCCCCGGCGGUGGGGCCGCAGCGGGGGCAGGGGCAGCCCUCCGCCGGAAAACUCGGCGCCGUCCCCCGCCUCCCCUUCCUCCUCCUUCCUCCUCCUCCUCCUCCUCCUCCUCCCCGCCGAUGCUUCCCCGGGCGGCGGGCGGCGAUGGAGCGGGGCGGUAGCGCGGCGGCGCGGUGCGGAGCAGCCCCUCGGGCAGCCGCCCGCUGCCCCUGAGCAGGGAGGAGGAGGAGGAGGAGGAGGAGGAAGGCCGCGGCCAUGGAGGAGUGGCGGCAGUGCGGCCGCUGGCUCAUCGACUGCAAAGUUUUGCCCCCCAACCACCGGGUGGUCUGGCCCUCGGCGGUGGUCUUCGACCUGGCGCAGGCGCUGCGGGACGGGGUGCUGCUGUGCCAGCUGCUCCACAACCUCUCCCCCGGCUCCAUCGACCUCAAGGACAUCAACUUCAGGCCCCAGAUGUCCCAGUUCCUCUGCUUGAAGAACAUUCGAACCUUCCUAAAAGUGUGCCACGACAAAUUUGGGUUAAGAAACAGCGAUCUGUUUGAUCCCUUUGACCUCUUUGAUGUUCGGGAUUUUGGAAAGGUGAUCUCGGCAGUAUCCAGACUCUCCUUCCACAGUAUUGCUCAAACCAAAGGAAUUAGGCCCUUCCCGUCGGAGGAGACCGCGGAGAACGAUGACGACGUGUACCGCAGCCUGGAGGAGCUGGCCGACGAACACGAUCUGGGGGAGGAUAUUUACGACUGCGUCCCCUGCGAAGAUGAAGGCGAUGAUAUCUACGAAGAUAUCAUCAGAGUGGAAGUUCAGCAGCCCAUGAUUAGAUACAUGCAGAAAAUGGGCAUGACAGAAGAUGACAAAAGAAAUUGCUGUUUGCUAGAAAUCCAAGAAACCGAGGCCAAAUACUACAAAACACUUGAAGACAUAGAAAAGAACUACAUGAACCCACUGAAGCUGGUACUGACUCCCCAGGACAUGGAAGCGAUUUUCAUCAAUUUGGAGGACCUAAUUAAAGUGCACUUCAAUUUCCUGCGAGCCAUCGACGUCUCGAUGAUGUCUGGAGGAAGCAGCCUGGCAAAAGUAUUUCUGGAAUUCAAAGAGAGGCUACUGAUUUACGGCAAGUACUGCAGCCACAUGGAGUACGCCCAGACCACGCUCAACCACCUCAUCGCCAACAGGGAGGACGUGCGGCAGAAGGUGGAGGAAUGCACGCUGAAGGUCCAGGAUGGGAAAUUUAAAUUGCAAGAUCUGCUGGUGGUUCCAAUGCAGAGAGUUCUGAAAUACCAUCUCCUGCUAAAGGAGCUGCUCAGCCACUCAUCAGAGCGCCCAGAGAAGCAGCAGCUGAAGGAGGCUCUGGAGGCGAUGCAGGACUUGGCCAUGUACAUAAACGAAGUAAAGAGAGACAAAGAGACUUUAAAGAAAAUCAGCGAAUUUCAGAGUUCUAUAGAAAAUUUGCAAGUGAAGCUGGAGGAGUUUGGGAGGCCGAAGAUAGACGGCGAGCUGAAGGUCCGCUCCAUCGUGAACCACACCAAGCAGGACAGGUAUUUAUUUUUAUUUGAUAAAGUGGUGAUCGUCUGCAAAAGGAAAGGCUACAAUUACGAGCUGAAAGAAAUUAUCGAGCUGUUCUUCCACAAGAUGACGGACGACCCUAUGAACAACAAGGACAUUAAGAAGUCUCACGGAAAAAUGUGGUCCUAUGGCUUCUACCUAAUCCACCUCCAAGGAAAGCAGGGCUUCCAGUUCUUUUGCAAGACAGAGGAAAUGAAGAGGAAGUGGAUGGAGCAGUUUGAAAUGGCAAUGUCCAACAUAAAGCCAGAGAAAGCCAACGCGAAUCACCACAGCUUUCAGAUGUACACGUUUGAGAAGACUACCAACUGCAAAGCGUGCAAGAUGUUCCUAAGAGGAACGUUCUACCAGGGCUAUCUCUGCCCAAAAUGUGGAGCUGGUGCUCAUAAGGAGUGCUUGGAAAUCAUUCCCCCCUGCAAGAUCGGUUCUUCAGCAGAGCAGGAUUUGCUGAGUGCUGGACCUGGUCCCAAAAUGGUGGCAGUACAGAAUUACCACGGGAACCCAGCACCGCCCGGCAAGCCAGUGCUGACAUUUCAAAUUGGGGACGUGAUCGAGCUGCUGAGGGGGGACCCGGACUCGCCGUGGUGGGAGGGGCGGCUGCUGCAGACGAAGAAGUCGGGUUACUUCCCCAGCUCGUCAGUAAAGCCCUGCCCUGUGGACGCAAGGCCUCCCAACAGCCGGCCGCCAUCCCGGGAGAUUGACUACACGGCAUACCCAUGGUUCGCAGGGAACAUGGAGCGGCAGCAGACAGACAACCUGCUGAAGGCCCACGUCAGCGGCACCUACCUGAUCCGGGAGCGGCCGGCCGAGGCCGAGCGGUUUGCCAUCAGCAUUAAGUUCAAUGAGGAAGUGAAGCACAUCAAGGUGGUGGAGAAGGACAAUUGGAUUCACAUCACGGAAGCCAAGAAGUUCGAAAGCCUGCUGGAGCUGGUUGAGUACUACCAGAGCCACUCGCUGAAGGAGAGCUUCAAACAGCUGGACACAACGCUAAAAUACCCCUAUAAAUCCCGGGAACGCUCUACCUCCAGGACCUUCACCCGCUCUCCAGCCUCCUGCGCUUCCUACAACUUUUCUUUUCUCAGUCCUCAGGGCCUCAACUUUUCUUCUCAGAGCUCCUCCAGUCCCUUCUGGUCAGUGUUCACCCCUCGGGUCAUAGGGACGGCGGUGGCACGCUACAACUUCGCGGCGCGGGACAUGCGGGAGCUGUCACUGCGAGAGGGCGACGUGGUGAAGAUCUACAGCAGGAUCGGCGGCGACCAGGGCUGGUGGAAGGGGGAGACCAAUGGAAGAGUUGGCUGGUUCCCCUCAACGUACGUGGAAGAGGAAGGGGUGCAAUGAUUGCGGGGAUGUCUGCUGGAAAGUCGUCGAGCGCCCAGAGCGAGCCGCCGCAGCCCGUGCACGGUUGUCCCGGCACUCAGGCUCCACGUGCGGCGCGAUGGGACUCCUGCCAGGACUGCCGAGAGCGCCGCCGCUCUUCGCAGACUCUUUAGCGAUCAGUUCCUCUGUACAGUGUGUGUGCGUGUGUGUGUGCGGGCCUGGGGGUGCCGCUGGCCCCGGCCGUGCGACGUGUAUAGAAGAUGGGUGGUCUGUGGGGUAACGCGCGCGUAGCGGCUGCACGAGUCCCGGGAAAGCCGCACGCCCCUGCAUGGACGGAGCUGAGAGACUCUGUGUGCUUGUCCCACCCCUCGGUGGUGUCCAGACCUGUGUUCCUAAAAGCGUUUUAAAAGCCCACCGUGGCGGCGGUGGGAGGAGAAGCCGAAGGCCUGGGCUGGUGCCCGGGGGUGCAGAGGUGGGCGCGCGGGGGGCCGGGGUGAAGGGGGCGGCUCAGCCAUCCUGCCUUGCGCUGCCUCGGUGCCGCACACCAGGAUGGCACCCGAGGGAGCGGAGCAGGGACAUCCUGCUCAGAACGAGGAGUGGCUGCCAUUUGUCUCUGGAGGAUGCCAGCUGUGAACCAAGGAGCGCGGCCCAACCUCGGACGUAGGCUGGAAGCGGACCUUCAGGUCAGAGCAGGAGGGCAGAGAGCCUUGCGGGCUGCCCAAGCCCCUUUGUGCACAGCUCCCUCAGCCCCCCCUGCCUUGCUGAGGGUGGAGGGGGCAGCCCGGGAUGCUGAGCAGCUCCCAGGAGGGCUCGGCACGUUGCAGGACUGGAGACAUGCCUUGCCAUGCGGUAGUUUUGGAGGCCACCAGGUGAGCGGGAGCACCCCUGCAAGGUCGAUUCUCCUGGCAGCCAUUUCAAGUCCCACCUCACUGAGCUCAUGGGGCAAACCCACAUGAGUAAGGGCUACGGUUCCCGAGUCGUGUUUUUUCUCAACGAGUCCCGAAAGCAUCUCUUCUUUCCCAGCUGUGUGCACUUUUGGGGGUCGUGAGCAUCGCCCCCUCUCUUCCUCCCACAGGCUGUUACUGCUGCUGCUGCUAAGGGAAAGGUCCGUCUGUCUGUGCAUUGCCACUUUGUCCCAAAUCCCGUCCAUCCCAGUUUGUUCUUCCCAUUUCGCAGCCCCGUUAGCUGAUAGGCAGUGCUGCUGGGUGGAGGUCCAGGCCAGCAUCUUCUGCCGGGCACUGGCUUUGCCAUCCAGCUCCAGCAUUUCCUUCCGAAAUGCUCCGUUUUGAGCAAAUCCUUGUGUGUGUGUGCGUGUGUGUGUCUGUGCAACAAGGAACAACUUUCCUGUCUCCUGUUUCUGAACUCCGGGAAAUGCCCUCCCCUCUCUCCGAAUAAGGGGCAUUUUGAGCUGGUGCUUCCAUGCCCCGAAGCUGGUCCCCUGGCACUUGGGGUGGUCUCACCGUGGGCAUCGUGCUAGCACAGAUCUGGGGGGGUGCUGGCAUGGCGUGGCUCUGCGGUGCUGGCACAGCCCCGACACCCAGCACCACGCUGCGUCCGAGUCAAACGGAGCAGAGGUGCCCUGCUCAGGAUACUAAAUGGGAGAGUCUGGGGCUGAAAAGGGAAAUGAUUAACUGGGGGACUAAACUGUGGCUCGGUGAGAAGCCCGGAGCCAGGCCACUUUGCUCCCUGGUGCUCCUGGAUAGGGCCAGGAGCAGAAGGGCUGCGUGGGGAGCGGGGUGGGUGUUCUUUGGGCAGGGACCAGCCGGGCUUGUGGCUUUACCAAGGUACUGUUUGGUGCUAACCUCUUCCAGGCCAGCUCAUCGGUGCUCAGCUCGGGGUAUGUCCAGGGGGUCCUGUAUGCAAAAGGAGCUGAAUGGGGCCGUGCUCUGCAAGGAGAACCCCAGGGCGCAGCCAACAAGGCUCUGGUUUGGAGGGCCACGCUCCGAUUUUGGUCAUUUUGGCAUAACCGAGGGCAUUUUUAAGGCGGGUGAGACUCGCACACACACACCAGAGAUAAAAUGACUGCUGAUGUCCUGCCUCAGACACAGCUAAAGCCUUACGCCACCCCCCCAGCCCAGACGCCGUGCUCCCCACGCCAGCGGUGGGCGCAUCCCCUGCUGCGGGGGCCGUGGUGCUGCUCCCGUGCCCCCCAGCCCAGCCCCGAGCCCCCUCCUCCGGCCAGGUCUCCCUCUCGUGUUUACUGUUGUAAGAAACUUGUUCAAAAGAUUGUCUCGUUUGUAAGUAAUUCUUCAGCCAUUUUGCCACGGUAUAUAUCUGUGAAUAAGAAGGGAAAUGUUUUUUUUUUUUUAUGAUGGUGAGAAAAUUGUAUAUCUAUUUUAGUUCAUCACGGAACAUUCAGAGCUGCAAUGGGAUACGUUGGAAAAUAAUAUGUAAAUUCCUUGGGUUUUUCCUUUGCACUGCACUAACUGAGGUAGAAGGGGCUCGGGUGGAGGGGAUUUAAAGAUCAAGCUGUUUGUUUAUGGAAUAGUUUAUAGCUGGGAAUUUGGAAAUCAUUUGGAGUAGCUUGUAAUGCUGGAAUAGAAACUUUAGCUGCUACUUAGAAACCCUUUUGCAUGUGGUUUUUCCAGGCCUUUUUAAGUUACAAUACAUCAAAGUAAAUUCCACAACAAAAAAAAAAUAAAGUGUAAUUUUGCUGAUAUAUUUU